AUGAUAUUCGAACGGGCAUUAUGUGAUCUCAUCGUAAGGGUAGGCGUCAUCCCUAAAGCUGUGUUUGAGAAGCUAUGCCUGUCAAAGCCAGAACUAACUGCUAUGUGCCUGGAGUUGGCGGACAACACCGUUCGCUAUCCUGAAGGCAUUACUGAAGAUAUACCUAUGAAGAUUAGGAAUCACUUUAUUCCUGGUGAUUUCGUGAUACUCAAGAUGGGAGAAGGAGCUAAAUCCCCAUUCAUCCUGGAGAGGCCGUUCUUGAAAACUGCAAGAGCAAACAUAGAUGUUGGGAAGGGCGAGAUCAAGUUCGACAUCAAUGGCACUAUGAGCGCGUUCAAGUUUUGCCCAUGCUUUGAGGUCUGUAACAUGAUUUCUAGCAAGUAUAUACUGCCACAUCGUCGUGUCAAGCAGGAGGAGAAGAACAAGAAGGCAGAAGAAAAGAAGCCACUAGAAGAAGUUGCGAUCGUCCAGAAGAAGGAAGAACGUUAG